AUGCUUAGUUUGGGAGUUGUGUCACCUUCACAGUCAGCUUGGAACGCACCUGUAGUAAUGGUUCAGAAGCCAAAUGGGGACCUAAGGCUUUGUCUAGAUUGUAGAAAAUUAAAUGCAGUUUCCAAACCCGAUGCGUAUCCUCUCCCGUAUAUAAGCAGCAUAUUGGACCAGCUCCGCGACGCGAAAUACCUAACGUCAAUAGAUCUUUCCUCUGCGUAUUGGCAAAUACCCUAUGAUAGCGAGCAAUCAGCUGAUAAGACCGCGUUCACAGUGCCACGUAGGGGGUUAUUUAGAUUCAAUGUAAUGUCGUUUGGCCUUGUUUCCGCGUCAAGCACAAUGCAGAGAUUAAUGGAUAGGCUAUUUGGUCCCGAAUUUAACAACAAAGUAUUCUGUUUCCAAGACGACAUAAUCAUAAUAUCCAGCACUUUCUCAGAACAUGUGCAGCUCUUGCAUAAGGUCUACGCAAAACUCAGGGACGCAAACUUGACUAUAAACAUAGAUAAGUCUAUCUUUUGCCGUAGAGAACUUAAGUACUUGGGAUAUUUAGUUGACAAACAUGGACUUAGAACUGAUCCAGGAAAGGUAGAUAUUAUAUUGAAUUAUCCAACUCCAACUUCCGCUAAAGAGGUUAAAAGGUUUCUAGGCAUGGCAGGCUGGUACAGGAGGUUCAUUAACAAUUUUUCGAAAAUUAGUAAACCGUUGAAUAAAUUAACUAGCAAAAAUGUCCGCUUUGAAUGGACUACGGAGGCAGAUGAGUCAUUUAACCACUUAAAAACCGCUUUAGUGUCUGCUCCGAUACUUAAAUAUCCAAACUUUGAUUUGCCUUUUUCUAUCCAUUGUGACGCUUCCUCAGUGGCUGUGGGUGGAGUCUUAACCCCGACUUAUGACGGGGUAGAACAUCCCAUAGCAUACUGCAGUCGGUCUCUUGCCAAAAAUGAAAUUAAUUUUUCCACAUCGGAGAGAGAACUUAUGGCCGUGAUUUACGCAUUAGAGCAAUUUAGAUCUUAUGUAGAAGGUACAAAGUGUAAAAUAAUAACCGACCACGCCUCGUUAUUAUGGUUUUAUAAAUUAAAUAACCCAUCAGGUCGCUUAGCCAGGUGA